CCCGCGCCGGUUGCCUUUCGCACUUCUUAAAAUAAAAACUGGGCAGUCUUUGAUCUGAAAUUGACAUAAUCAAACUUUCCUACCAGUACCAUUGUUUUCAUUGUCGUUUAAAUUGGAUUACCCCGUAACUCAUUCGGAAGGAUAAUUCCAUAUUAAAUGCUUCUCAGAAGAUGAGCCGCAUUUGUGAAGUGAAGAUAGUAAAACAAGCGGAGCUCAAUGCAAUUAAAGGUAGUGUGGUGUGCCUAGGUGAAGCCACCAUAUGAGGUGAACCCCCCCCCCUCACCCCUCAGCCCCCCCCUCCCUCUCAGCCUCGACUGCAGGACUAAGGGAUGUCACGGGCGUUCCUUCUUCUGACCCUGCUCACCUCCAGCAUCCCGGCGUCCCCUGCCAAGCCUCUGAAGCUGGUGGUGACCAAAUGGAUCAUGUAUAAGGAGGAGUGCAGCCGCAAUUUUAGCAGAGAGCCCCUGCCCAGUGGAGUGGUGUGCAACAGAACCUUUGACAUGUAUGUCUGCUGGCCUGAUGGACAGCCCAACACUACUGUGCGCGUGCCUUGUCCCUUCUUCCUGCCCUGGUACACCACAGUCCAGCAUGGCUCCGUGUACAAAGAGUGUGAUGCAGAAGGUCAGUGGGUGACUCGGAGGAACACAAGCGAGUGCGACGAGAUUGAACAUAACGACUAUGGGAAGAUCCUCAGGAAGUUUCGGACCAUGUACACUGUGGGGUACUCUUUAUCCCUGGCAGCUCUGGUACUUGCACUGGGUAUCCUGAUAUCCUUCAGGAAGUUACAUUGCAUGAGGAACAACAUCCACAUGAACCUGUUUGCCUCUUUCAUCCUGCGAGGUCUGUCCAUCCUCAUCAAAGACGCCCUGCUGGAGCCCUCUCCUCUCAACAUCGGCCAGGACUUCUCCCCUGACUCGGAGGUGGAGAGGCUCGUCAACAACGAGACGGUGGUUGGCUGUCGCAUUGCUGUGGUAAUGAUGCAGUACAGCAUCAUGGCCAACUGCUAUUGGCUGCUGGUGGAAGGAAUCUACCUCCAUAACCUCCUUGUCAUUGCUGUCUUUACUGAGAGGAACUACUUCAACAUCUACCUGUGCAUUGGCUGGGGUGCUCCUCUGUUAUUCCUGGUGCCCUGGGUCAUAGUGAAAUACUUGUAUGAAAACGAAGUAUGCUGGGAGCUUAACAGCAACAUGCAAUACUGGUGGAUCAUACGCUCUCCUAUCCUGCUGGCGGUUGUGAUAAACUUCUUCAUCUUCAUGCACAUCAUCAAAAUCCUCGUGUCGAAACUGAGAGCCCACCAGAUGAGAUACUCAGACUACAAAUUUCGGCUGGCCAAGUCCACUCUCACCCUGAUCCCCCUGCUCGGCAUCCACCUGGUGGUGUUUGUCUUCAUCACUGACGAGUCCACGAAGGACUCCAUCACCCUGCACCUCACCAAGCUCUUCAUAGACCUCUUCUUCACCUCCUUCCAGGGAUUGCUGGUGGCCAUCUUGUACUGCUUCGUCAACAAAGAGGUGCAGUCGGAGAUCCAGAAAAAAUGGAAACGCUGGAAGCUGGGGAGGAACAUUGAGGAGGAGUACCGCCACACCUACAGCCAGCCCUCUCACACCAAGAACUGCAGCAUGGUGACCAACGUCUCCCAACUGCCCCACCUCCCCGACAUCACCGCCUCCUCCGGCCUGGCCUGCACCCCCGAGGAGAAACACACGCUGGUGGUGAGCUGCCACAACGGCAUGAGCCGCAGGAAGGGCAGCGGGCCGUUCCCCGCUGCCCCGCCGCGCGACGGCGCCAUCGGCCGCGGCACCCAGAUCGAGGACAUCUCGCCGCCAGACCAGGUCCGGCGUUACGAGACUCCCGUGGAGAGCGCAGAGAGCCACCUCUGAGGCGGGGGGGGGGGGGGGAGAGCGGACGAGGCAGACGUCAUCCCCUUUGGAAACCCAGCCGUCCCCCUUCUCCUCGUUCUUCCCUCGCUCGCCCCCCCGGCCCUCCGCGGUGAGGAGCCGGCGGCGUGAGCCGGGGGAAGGGAGAGUGUGUGUCUGUGGGAAUAGUCUUGGUCUGGGACAAGUGUGAGUGGGAGACGGUGACACGGAGCGCUCUCUGCUGUCAAAGAGGACAACCAUGCUGAGGACAAACAUCGCUGCUUCCGUGCUGGACACCUGUCGGGCUUUUAUGUCGGAUAAGUCUGACACUGGUGUCAAAAGGACAGCAUGGCCGACCGCUGCAUGUAGAGUAUAUGCUGGACUGAAGAAAAAAAACGAGAGCAAAACAUGCCAUGUAAAAUAAUAAGACAAACCUCAAAUAAAGUAAAUAAUAAAAACAAAAAACAGGGUCGUAGCUUUAGCUUCUGCUGUAUAUCGUGUGUUAACUUGGUGUUGUGUGGUACUGGAGGCUAGAAGACAAACUGGACAUUGAGAACAUGUAACCUACCGUACACAAGCAAGCAGACCAAAUGACUUCCAUCACAGAGACAGUGAAUGCUGUGAGAGCCAAUAUGUCACGGCAGACCCCUUUGCCUGUUGAUGAAGUGGGCCAGACUGAAAGGCAACGUUUGGUUGACCCUGAUCUUGGAGGCACCACUGUCCCCCCCCCCCCACACACACACACACUCCUCCAGGAUCCAUGGGAACUUGGCAGUUGCUUGUAUCACAGGAGGGCGUGCGCAGUGGGGGGGGUGGGGGUCCAGCAAGCUGUUAUCAAGUCUUAUCAUUCACACAUACACGUUCAUCCUCUCCAGAGACUUUCGUGUGUGUUUUUAUUUGAUUUUUUUGCUACUGUAAGUACACCGACCGAAGACCACAAGCAUCAAUUUGGGCAUGUACUGUAUUAUUAUUCAAACUAAUGCCAACCUGAUCGGCGUGUGUUGUCGAGCAGAAGAGGGUAGCUGGGUGGUGCUGAGGCCAGGUCCGAUCAAACAAAGAGUACGUGCAUGGUGCAUCCAUUUGGCGAUUACUAGUAUCAAGAUCUUUUAGAAUCGCUUGUGCUGCACAGGUCCAAACAAAAACACAGCAUGGGUUUACAUUUACCGACUGAAAAAGCAUCACCUGGGGCCCAUGAAGGUGAACACUGAUAUAGGGAACUGUACGUUCAUAUCAAGGUUGUAUAUAAUACAUCCAAUAUCCACAUUCGGCAGGCCUGUACUCUAAGGGUAUACAUGCGUAAAAUAUGAAGCCAUCACUGUGACGCACGAGAGCAUUUCUCUCUUCAAGAAAAACUUGUUUUUGUCACGAUUCAAAUAGCCUUUCUAUCAUGCAUGCAGAUUGUACAAGUGUACUAAGCUUAAGUGGUGUGACUCAUUGGCAGACAGCUCUUGCCUCCCAGAGAAACAUGUCACAUCAGGUUUCUGUGGACGGUAGUUACAUGCCCCCUGGCAAACUCCUCCACUGAGACUGACCUGGUUGUGACUGGACUGCCCCUCCAGUCCUUAUCAGGCCAUCAUGUCAAGUGAACUUUAAACUCAAUCUAUAACAUAACGUCAGUGUUGUGUGCUAGAUUCUGUCCGAUGAAAUAGUGGUGGCCAGUGGUCAGUGUAGAACAAACUCAGAUUCGAUGAACAAAAAUGGAAUCCGUUCAGCCGUUUUCUGCUGUGGCUCAAACCGGUGUAGUGAUAUGCACAUUGUUCCCGUGAUUGCCAAGUCAAACGCAGCAUGAACCAUCACAAGGUGAUAGUCAUUGAAAAAUGUGUAUCUGAUUAAGUGUGAUGUUAUUUGCGACAGAAGGGAAUACUCAUACAAAAUACGCAUCAUUUGUUUUACCAAAUGAUGGACGGUGUUGCUCAAUAUGACUUUGUAUGGCUAUUUGCACAUGUUAAUUUAUGAUGGUAAAUAUGUAAAUAUGUGUACUUUGACAUUCAAGUGAUUUAUUUAGUUCAUGAUCAUAUUUGUGAUAUUUGUCUAUGUCUAUAAUGUCUAUAAUGUGUGUGUG